UGAAAAAGGCCAGCAUUUUCCAGUUGACGCGUGCGGCAAUGGCAUCGUCGUCGCGCCGGCUGCUGCUGCUCGCGCUUCUCGUUGGGCUCCUCGGUGUCUUCUGGCCGCAGAUCGAAGACGCGUUCUUCCACUCGUGCCCGUUCCUCUUCAAACGCAACGCUGCGGACGACGUCACGCCAAUCGUCGCCGCUGCGGACCUGCCCGUCUUCACCGUCGCCACGCUCCGCGCCUUUGACGGCACAGACGACGCCAAGCCCAUCUACAUGGCAGUGGGCGGCAAGGUGCUGGACGUCACAAGCGGUGCACGGUUCUACAAGAAGGGCAACGGCUACCACCAGUUUGCCGGCAGCGCUUGUACCCGCGCCUUGACGAUCGCGUCGCUCGAGGCCAAGGACAUGUCAGACGACAUUUCCGACUUUACGUCCGAGCAGCUUGCCGAGUUGGAGAAGACGCUUGCGUUUUACCAUGGCAAGUAUCCCGUGGUUGGCACGAUGGACUAUGCCUUUGAGAUCCCACCCAGAAGCGCCAUCGAUACUAGCUCGAAAGCAUCGCCGGCGCCUUGAUGUCUCCCAAACCUUCAUGAUAACCAG